GUGCGUGUGCUUUGGGACAAAAAAAAAAAAAAACAAGUGAAACACCAAGACUUGGCUCCGAUGUCUCUUGGAGCUGGAGGGUGGUGGUGCAGCGUGCAGGUGCAGCCUUGACCCCAGCAACUCGGCACAGGAUAGAAGAAGAGGAAGAAGCGCCGAGGCAUCUUCGAUGAGCUUUUCCAUUAUCCAGUACAAGGGUGACAGGGCUUUUAUAUGAUCGUCGUCCGGUCUAAAGCUCCCUCCCCGUCAUGACCUGCACGAUGGGAGCUCCGACGGCAGAAGUGGCGUCAACAGCAGUCGGUGGCAGUGGCGUUGCUACACCAUCGAUCAUCAUUGCCGCCGGCGAGCGGAGAAAGUCAGUUAUGGGGCAAAGUGAGAAAUAAACAAGAAAAAAGGCAAAAAAGUAUUGGAGAGGUGGCGAGCGCCGUGGGCCCCAUAGCAUAUAUCCAAGUACUUCGUCAUGGUAACGGCGAUGAGCGGCGAAAAGUCCACGAGCAAGCCCAACGCGGCAGACACGUCGACCGGAAGUAAUGCCGGCGACGAGGGUAAAAUCAUCACCGAGCAGCAAAAAACGGCCACCGGCCCCAAACAACAAUCCGAGGGCCCGAAGAUCCAGCUGCCACCGUCCUUGACUUUUACGGCGCAGGCCCACCCGACACCCUUCGCCCCGGCUGCUCAAGAGUCGCCCAACUAUCUCGCCUACAAGAAGAUGGAGGCGAUCAUCGAAAAAAUGCAGAACGAAGAGACUGGCAUACCCGUGAAGACCGUCAAGACUUUCAUGACUAAAAUCCCGUCCAUUUUUACAGGAACGGAUCUGAUAGCGUGGAUGAUGAAGGAUAUGGACAUCGACGAUCAGGAGGCCCUUCACGUUGCUCAGCUGAUGGCGGCGCACGGCUACUUUUUUCCGAUCGACGACCACAGUCUCGCCGUGAAGAACGACAACACGUUCUAUCGGUUUCAAACCCCGUAUUUCUGGCCGUCCAACUGCUGGGAGCCCGAGAACACCGAUUACGCCGUUUACCUGUGCAAGCGCACGAUGCAGCACAAGGCGCGCCUCGAGCUGGCGGACUACGAGUCGGAGUACCUGGCGCGCCUGCAGAGGCUCUUCUCGCGCAAGUGGGAGUUCAUCUUCAUGCAGGCGGAGGCGCAGAACAAGGUCGACAAGAAGCGCGACAAGCUCGAGCGCAAGAUCCUCGACAGCCAGGAGAGAGCCUUCUGGGACGUCCACCGGCCAAUGCCGGGCUGCGUGAACACGACCGAGCGGGACAUAAAGAAGGCGUACCGCAACCAGAGCAAGUCCGCCUGCGAGGAGCCAAUCUACAGACGGACCAUCACGGUCUUUGGCGGCCCGGCGCCGUCGAACCGCCGCACCGAGUCCCGGACGUGCGCCGAGCUCAAAAAGGAGAUCGACCACCUCAGGAAUCGGCUCGACCGGCGCGUCAUCAAAGUGUCCAAGGUCGCCGACGCGCUCAUCGGUUACUUCGAGCAAUACGCCGAGUACGAUGCGUUCCUCACGAUACCCGAGUACCCGAACCCCUGGACGUCUGACAGCACUGAGAUGUGGGAGCAGGAUAACUUGCCGAAAGAGGUGUCGGCGAGGAGGGUCAAACGGUGGGCCUUUAGCCUCCAGGAGCUGCUGCAGGACCCGGUCGGCCGGGAGCAGUUCAUACGGUUCCUCGACAAGGAGUUUAGCGGGGAAAAUCUCAAAUUUUGGGAGGCCGUGCGUAACCUGAAGACGCUGCCCCAGAAGGACGUCGAGGAGAAGGUCCAAGAAAUCUGGAACGAGUUUCUGGCUGCUGACGCUAGCUGUCCGAUCAACGUCGAUUCGCGCUCGUACGAGAUGACGAAGCGGAAUCUGGAGAAGCCGGACCGCUGGUCCUUUGACGUUGCGGCGGCGCACGUGUACCAUUUGAUGAAGAGCGACUCGUACUCGAGAUACUUGCGCUCGGACUUGUACAAAGAUUUCCUGAAUGUUUCCAAGAAGAAGAUCGGGACGUCGGUUAAAGGCAUUCGAUCGAUCGUAUCCUUCACGGGUCGAAAGGACACGCAAGCCGUUUAAAAGAGGACAGUGACGCAAGCGAAACAAAGAUUCUAACAAGAAAAGACUCUCUGGGGGCUGUUGACGUUAAAUAUUGUACAAGGAGCGGGAAAUGGAGGCGUAAAAGUUGAGGAUCGGUAAACUUUUUGUUUUGAAGGCAGACAAGCUACGCACGCCCACUGGAAUUUUCACACAAACUGCCAAGUAUAGGAUGCAGCAUUUGCUGGGGAAAAUAGUACGAAAACACAGACACAAAUCAUGUUGAAUGUCAAUAUUAGAAAAAAAAAAAAAAUUUUACCGCAAACUAACACAAACACGUUUCAUUUGCAUGCAAGUUAUUAAACAAAAUAAUAAUGAUGAUGCUAGGUCCGUCAACACAAAUCAUUUCCGUAAAAAAAUAUGCUAUCCUUGUAUUUUUCCUCUUUGUUGUGAGGAAUUGAUGUUUUCGAGAAGAAAAAUUAACUU